AUGUCAGCCGCCGUGGCUUGCCUGGACUACUUCGCCGCCGAGUGCCUGGUGUCUAUGUCCACCCGCGCCGUGCUGCACCAGCGCGCAACGGUCCCCGAGGGCGCGGGCGCGGCAGCUGCCUCCGAGGUGGGUGAGGUGCCACGGGAGUCGGCAGGGACUGGUCCGGGCAUGCGGGGGGUGCUGUGGAUACCCCCUGUCCUCCAAGUCCCCACCCCUAGCCCGGACGAAGGCAACGGAGCGCCCCACCUGCUGGCUGCGAGCGCUUUGGCGGAUUUAAGCUGUGGUGUCCCAGAAGGUCCCAGGGAAGACUCGGAAGAAGCUGCGUGCGCCUCAACUAGCUGCUUCGAGCCGACUUGGUGCUCCAACCCUACUGGGUGCUCCGAAACGGCUCCGGCCUUUUUCGAAGAGGAGCUCUCGGGCCCUGAGAGCUCCUGCAGCGAGCCUGCCAUCCCGAGCACACCAGAAGCCGCAGAGGAGCUGGAUGACAGCGGGGAGGUGCCCGAGGGGCCCCCAGGGGCCCGCCCUGGGCCAUCAACUGGCUCGACGUACCGAAGGAGGCAGAUUACACCCGCAUCCAAGCGACAUCAGUGCCCCUUCCCCGGCUGCAACAAAGCCUAUUACAAGUCUUCGCACCUCAAGUCACACCAGCGUACCCACACGGGGGAGCGCCCCUUCUCCUGCGACUGGCUCGACUGCGACAAGAAGUUUACACGCUCUGACGAGCUGGCCCGCCACUACCGAACACACACCGGUGAAAAGCGCUUCUCCUGCCCGCUGUGCCCCAAGCAGUUCUCCCGGAGCGACCACCUGACCAAGCAUGCCCGUCGCCACCCAACUUACCAUCCCGACAUGAUCGAGUACCGAGGUCGUCGUCGCACUCCCCGCCCUGACCCACCACCCCCUUCCAUGGUGGAAAGCUCCGGUUCCGACUCCAGCUCCUGCUCUGGCCAGGAAACCAGCUUCACUGCUUGCCUGUAGGACUGUCGCUGCUGUCUUUCUUCCCCUCAAGCACAACCCCAACCCCCUCGCCCCGCAGGCCGUUGUCUUUGCCUUCGCUCUGUCCAUUCCUAUUUUCCAGGGUCGUUAGACCAAGGCACUGACUGGUUGCUCCGCUCUGAGGAUGGGUCCAGACAAGCUUGUCUGACUCUGGAGAGGGACUGGGAGCCAGAAGAUAGUGGAAAGUCUUGCAACACAAAUACUAUCUGAAAGAACAUUUUCUUCAAAACAGCCUGCAGGAACCAGUAAGAAAGGAUGGACUCUUCAGCAUACUGAAGAUUCUUCCCUCCAUGGCACCAGAGAUGUAAAACUGAAUUCUCAGAUGCCUGAGGAUCUCCCAGUCCCAAAGGACUCUGGUGUCUUACCCAUUGAUUGGCCAGGGCGGACCUUGGAGAGGGUGUCCAGGGCGGAAGUCUUGGAAAUGUCUAGACUUAGAUGAUGAGAGGCCUUUGGAAACAGAAAUUAUUUCUAUUUCUGUAAACAGCAAUGUUUACUAAUUUAUUUUUAGUAUCUUUUAAACAAGAAUUCCAGGUUGAUGGGAAGCUAAUGUCUUCCACUCUCCCACUGCCCCCAGCUACCUCUGCUUUGUGGAUGUAUGGCUGGGAGAUGCUUUUCGGUGCCUGGGGAGUGGCAUGAAUCUGCUUGUACUUCCUGUAGCAUAAUUUGGAACCCUGUGCUUACAUUGUAUCCCUUCUUUUAAAAAAAAAAAUCCUUCUCAGGGGUGGUAACUUUCUGGCUCACGAUUAUGAAGACAUUGAUUAAGUAAUUCGAAAACAGCCAUAAUAGCACCAGAGAGAACAGGCUGGUCUGAAAUAGUUUCUCCUUCACCUAGAAGGCAAGCCCAAGUAACUUUUCACAACCACUGAUAGCUGUUCAGAGAAAUGGAGAAAUGGCGUUACUGCUGCCCCACCCUAAGUAAUCUCAGGGGUAGUAGAGUCUGUUCACCUCUUACUGGCUAAGUAGGGCUUAACUUCUGCGGAGAUCUGCACACUGUUGUUUCUGAUA